AUGGACUCCAGUAAGAAUUCUAAAGCUCAGGAAAAUAAACAAAUUGAUCCGGCGCUCGACAAUGCAAAUUCCUGGAACGCGGACGAGGGCUGCCCCUUCAUCGUGUGUAUGACCUACGCCUUCCAAACACCCGAGAAGCUGUGUUUUAUCCUGGAUCUGAUGAACGGUGGCGACCUGCAUUAUCACCUUACCCAGCACAAUGUCUUCUCGGAGUCCGAGGUGCGGUUCUACGCGGCUGAAGUGAUUCUGGGACUGGAGCAUAUGCACAACCGGUUCAUAGUUUACCGCGACCUGAAGCAUUGGAGCAAAGCUUUGGGCAAAUCUAUUGUUUGCGAUUAUUCUAAGCCCUGCAACGCGAUGUCGCCACUAUGGCGAGCAGCAAAACCUGCAAGCGAUGUGGGUGGCGUCACGGCAUGA